ACACAAACAUACAGACUCAGACAUAAUUGCGUGAGCACUUUGUAGGAAUCUAGGUGCUCAGGCAUCGGGCUUCGACUCGCAUUAGAUCGUGCAGAGAAAGCUCACUUUUGGAAGCGGAUCUGUUUACCUUGCAGUUGUUUAAUCGAGGACCCUGUUUUUCUUAAUGCUAGGUUUUGUGGAGGUUUAAAUUUAGUCGUUGUUUCGGUUUUGGUUUUGGUUCUUUAUUUAUUUAUUGGUGGUUGUUUUGGUUGGAGGCAACAAGUAGAAUCUCUGAGAAGGUAGAAGAUUGGUGGCUCGAUAACCAAGUGGAAGCGACGCAGAUGCAGUAUUCGUCGCGAAUGCUUCGAAUUUCCUCUGAAUUGGGUAUUAGGUGUGUUUUUGAUGCGCAAUUCUCCGCUGCCUCCUGCUCUCGAUCUUGAGAGAGAUUGAUGAAAGGCGCAGAGCGGCGCACUGGGUGGGGAAACGCGAUUGUGGGUUGGUGACGAUUUCUUCAGUUAGUCCCGGUGGGAGUGAGAAGGCGGAGCUAUGGAUCCUUGGGUGGGUGAUCCGCUCAAUGGCAAUAGUAUAUUUGUUCUGCUGAAGUUUGCUGUUCUACCUAUCGCGAAGGUGCUGGUCAUGUGCGCUCUGGGUUUGCUUCUAGCAAGCUCUUAUAUUGGCAUCCUCCCUGCUCCCUCACGCCAGCAGCUUAGCAAGCUAGUGUUUUCUCUUUUUCUUCCCUGCUUGAUUUUCACUCAAUUAGGGAAAGCCGUAACAAUCGAGAAGAUUUUCGAAUGGUGGUUCAUUCCUGUGAAUAUUGUGCUGGCAUCUACUUUGGGCUGCAUUGUGGGCUAUGCUGUAGCAUACAUGGUCAAGCCACCUCCCGAGUUUUUCAACUUUACUGUCGUCAUGAUAGGAAUCGGGAACAUUGGAAAUAUUCCGCUUGUAAUCAUAGGUGCCAUUUGUCGAGAAAAGGGCAACCCAUUUGAGCAUCCUGAAACGUGCAACGCAAAUGGCGUGGCUUAUAUUUCCUUUGGUCAAUGGGUGGGGGCUGUUAUUGUGUAUACAUAUGUCUACAGCAUGUUAGCACCACCUUUAAAGCCUAAGGAGCUUGGCGGCUCCAUGUCACCCGAGAUCGUGGUGGCUAAUGAAUCUCAGGAAACGAAUGAAGUGAUUUCGGUUUCCCAUGAGAGUACAGAUUCCGUGGCUUUGCUUAUCGCAAAUGACGCUCCUCCCCCAAAACCUCAGGGCUGGAAGCUGCUGAAGACGUUGCUAUCACAUGGAAGAAUCCGAGACAUCUUUCAGCCUCCUGUUGUAGCCUCUCUUCUAGGUCUUUUAUUUGGAUGCGUACCAUUGUUGAGAGGCUUUAUCUUCACCGAGCACUCUUUUCUGUAUUUCUUUUUUGACAGCCUCAACAUCCUUGGAGAUGCAACAAUACCGUGCAUCAUGCUUGUGUUGGGUGGCAAUUUGGUGGGAGGGGCGGGGGCUUCAAAGCUUGGACUACGCACAACCGUAGCCAUCGUCGCUACGCGGCUCCUCAUAAUACCACUCAUAGGAGUAGCUGUGGUUCUCACAGCUGAGAAAAUGGGGUUCCUUCCAGUGGGUAACCUUAUUUUCAAAUUUGUCUUGCUGCUCCAGCACACAAUGCCCAGCUCUAUACUGGCUGGGGCUGUGACCAACUUGCGUGGCCAUGCUGAAAAAGAAGCAUCCGCCAUUCUCUUCUACGAGCACAUACUUGCAGUUUUCUCAAUGGCAGGCUGGCUCGUCUUUUACAUCAACGUUCUCUUUCAACCCUCCUGAGCAUCAAUCUCUUGAAACAACCAGUUCACAUAGAAGGGGAUUGUUGAUUUUGAGCAGCUGUUGCUACUGGUUCCCGGAAUAAUGCUUCGACUACCCUUCUUAACUGCAAUUUCAACGGUAUUUCAGUCUCAGAAUGAGACGAAGUAUUUGUACCCUACUGCUCAGGAUUCAAGCAUAGAGCAUUUGUAUAUUUGAAGCACCAAGUGCACUACCUGUAUUGCCUUCAAUUAUUGCCUUCAAUAUUGCCAUCCUAUGAAUCGCAA